GCGUUAUGCAGGCAAGAGAUGCGUGAUGACUAAGUGAGGUGACCACCGCGGGGUCGCGAGCACCAGCCAGCCCAGGGUGGCAGUGACAGAAGCUACCCCGCCAUGCCGCCGAAGCUCCGACACCUCUCCUCCAACUCCAAGUCUAAGGUACCUUACGUUAGCAUCAACACGUCCACAAUGUCUGCCAAAGUGACCGCCACCGGCCCUCUAGGCGAGGGCGAGGCUCGCUGGAUCAAGCUCAUCAAGAUCAACUACGACGACCAGAACGGUAACGCUCGCACCUGGGAAUCCGCCGAGCGCCGCACCCGCCCCAAGAACGGCGAGAUUGACGGCGUCGGCAUCGUCGCCAUCCUCGAGAAGCCCACCGGCCCCGAGAUCAUCCUCCAGAAGCAAUACCGUCCGCCCAUUGACAAGAUCUGCAUCGAGGUCCCCGCGGGACUCGUUGACGAGGGCGAGACGGCCGAGCAGGCUGCCGUUCGCGAGCUCAAGGAGGAGACGGGAUACGUUGGUAAAGUGUCUGAGACCACUCCCAUCAUGUUCAAUGACCCCGGCUUCUGCAACACGAACCUCCGCAUGAUCCACGUCACCAUCGACACCUCCCUCCCCGAGAACCAAAACCCAAAGGCCGAGCUGGAAGAAGGAGAAUUCAUCGAGGUCUUCACCGUGCCGCUCUCCAACUUUUGGGCAGAAUGCGUUCGUCUGGAAAAGGAAGGCUACGCCAUCGAUGCCCGCGUGGGGACCAUUGCCGAAGGCAUCGAGUUAGCAAAGAAAUUCAAGCUAUGAUGAUGCUGCAUGCCUGACACUCGUUACCCCUUUCAUCGUGCCGCCAUAACUCAUAACUUGCCCUCGCGCCGGAGUCCCUCCCAAAGAGCCACGGCCGCGAGACACUUUGCGUCCCGCGCGCCCUCCCGCCACAGAUCCUUCAUCGACACGAGCUUCAGCGUGAUCUUCUCCCCGUGAUCCCGCAGCCCAGUCAGCUUGCCGCUCCACUCCUUCAAUUGCUCGCGAGGGAUCCUCUUCUCGUGGCUGUACAGCGUCACGAACUCGUCACAGCCGCCGGCAGAGGGGUACAUCGCCUCUGCCAGGCCCUCAUCAGCUUCGUUCCCAGAUGAUGUGGCCGCGCCGGCCAGCUCGCUCAGGCACGUCAGUUUCGAUUCGUGGAUCUCUAGACCAAGCUCCUCCUUGAUCUCUUUUGCCGCCGCGCCUGCGAAGCUACCGCUGUCGUCGACCAUGCCAGCGGGUAGCUCAACGAAUGAGAGACUACCGACCGGCACGCGGGGCUGUACCGUCAGCACGACGUACCGCUCAUCGCUGUCGGGCGGGGCGUCAUCGGGGAUGAGCAUCACCAGCAUGCCGACGCUGGGUCCGCGAAGGAAUACGCUGGCUGGGAGACCCUCUCCCGCCUCAUUCUUGACAUCGGCCCUCACCUUGAGGAACCCGACGCGGCCGGAUCCAAAGAUGUCAAAGGCCUGAACUGUGAUGCCGCGUAGGCGGUAGGGGUCUUCGUGGAAUGGGUGGUCUUUGCUCUUGGCUUGUAGGCUUAGGGAGUUGUUGAGGCCCUUGACCCAAUCCUAGCUUGACAGUCAGCGCUGUUCCUCGUUCUUGAAGGGAGAACAUUAGAAGUAGCUUCACACGUUAAAUGGUCGGAAACCUAGUAGUUGGUCUUCCGAUAGGCCAUUAGGCAGCUCGACCUGGAUACCGCUGUCUUUCAGUGUGACCGUCGACAUGGUUCGGGCGAUGAUGCUUGGAUGUGCGUUUGGAAUGCCUGGUCGUAUGUGAGCCGAUCGAAAAUCCUUCGCUCUUAGUCUCGGGUUGAGACCUCUUUGCCGAAACAGGAGUGCGGCGACUCUCAUUUCAUUGAGAUGGUCGUGGAGUGUUGACGAAGAUGAAUUGAUUGACGUCAGACCAAUGAAUGGGAUUGGCGGGGCUUCCUCCGACUUACCUUAGUGCCUGC